AUGUAUAUCUCUGUACCAUUCACCACCUCUCAUAAAACACAACGUUUGACGAAUGCAUGGGAUGCUUUGAAAGCAAGUGUUUUUUUCGCACUAAUUCUGUUUUCAAAUUUAUAUGGACUGAAGUCUUUCACUGAUGGAUUUCUAUUAAGAAGAGAAGUUUUAAACUCAACAUCCUCUUGUUCUAAUCCACCACUUAAUAUAUCUCAAUGGAAAGAAACUUCUGAAUGCUGGGCUCCAAAGUUGUUUUCGAAAGCUGUUAUAAUUAUUAUAGACGCUCUAAGAUAUGAUUUUUUAAUACCCUCAAAUGAUUCUGCUUAUUAUCUUAACGCUUUGAAUACUCCAUAUGAAACAUCAAUUUCUCAUCCUGAGCAGUCCGUUUUACUUCAGUUCCUAGCUGACGCACCCACGACUACUUCUCAGCGCCUUAAAGGCUUAACUACUGGCUCACUUCCAACAUUUAUUGACAUCGGUUCAAACUUUGCAGGUACGAACGUUGAUGAAGACAAUCUUUUAUAUCAAUGGAAAUCUCUGGGUAAAGAAAUUGUUUUAUUAGGAGAUGAUACUUGGAACGCUUUAUUCCAUGAUUACUUAAAUCAUACAUAUUCCAGGCCUGCUUUUUCUUUUAAUGUUCCGGACCUUCAUGGCGUGGAUCGAAAAGUGAACCGAUAUAUAUUUGACUAUAUCGAAAAGGCACCGUGGGAUAUACUUAUCGCCCAUUAUUUAGGCGUUGACCAUGUGGGACAUCGGUUAGGGCCAAACCAUCCUACCAUGACAGAAAAGUUAAAAGAGAUGAAUGAAUGUAUCAAGAAGACGAUGGAUUUAAUUGACGAUGAUACUCUUCUACUAGUUAUGGGUGAUCAUGGUAUGGACGGUAAGGGUAAUCAUGGCGGUGACUCUUUUGAUGAAAUCAAUUCCGUACUAUGGAUGUAUAGCAAGAGGCCAGCUUUCAAGCCGUUCAAGCAAUUCGGAGAAAGACGUUCCGUAAAUCAAGUUGAUCUGGUUCCGACUUUAAGCUUAAUGCUUGGAAAUGCAAUUCCAUUUGGCAGUUUAGGAACUAUAAUACCGGAAGCAUUUUAUUUUCACGGAGCUAAAUAUUUGCACGAUAGUAUGGAAAUAAAUAUGGCUCAGAUUAAUAGAUUUCUUCAGGCUUAUGAGGAUAAACAAGAAACAUCAUAUGAUGCUUUUGUUAACUCUACUGUGCAGACCGAUGACAACUAUUUGGAACUUUUCUUAAAUAGCUUUACAGAUUCUCAGCGUAUUUUUGAUUAUUUCAAAAGCAUUUGGGCAGAAUUCAGCCUAGCGCCUAUGGUUAUUGGGUUCGUAUCAUUGGUUAUAGGCGGUUUAUCUCUUGCUUUACUAAUGAACGAUAAAAAUGCUACUCAGAAGGCCUCGAAUGUGUUAAUUAUUACUUUAAAGAAAAUCGUUCUUUUUUCUUUACUGUUCGUCGUGCUCAAGAUGUCAAUACUCACUUACCUUCCGAUGACAUUAAUCACGCUAAUUCCGAACAUAAUUAUUAUUAUCGAGUUAUGCAGAAAAGUAUCUUUUGAAUUUAUGUUUACUAUCCCUAGCAUCUACAGCGUUAUAGCGUUAGGAUUAGCUGUACUCCAUGUUUGCAGUUUUGGCUCUAAUUCUUUCACUAUAUGGGAAGAUCGAUUGACUCACUAUUUUUGUGUAACUUUGGGUGGUUUAAUGCUUUGUAAAAGCUUUACGCAUACCGAUGCUACAUUGGCCCUUAGUUCAUCCGUUUGGUCUAUCUUUUUUAUUAUCCUGCAACUUCUAACGUCUUACAUAACGAACUGCCGCGAGGAGCAAGAAUUUUUCUGCACUAGCACUUACAUUUCUACACCGGAAAAUAACUUUCGAAGUUUAAUUACGUUGACAAUUUCAACUCUAACUUCUUUUUUCCUUCCUUAUGUAUUAAAGAAUCAUGUAGUAUCAGUCUUGAAGACUUCGUUUUCGAAAAGGAAGCAAGCAAUUCUACAUUUUUUUGAAUUCCUUUCUUCUUUUUUUUGGGUUGUUCAGCAUAUUUUGGCUAAUAAUUCCUCUCUUGAAAGCAAGUAUGGUAGCAUACUUGUCUAUAUUGCAAAUAUAUUCUUAAUUGGCAUAAUUACCUGCUUGUCUUGGCAAGUUUUUAUGUUCUCUGUGUAUAUUAAACGAGAAAAUAAGUCAAAAAACAGAGAAGCAUUGAUUGCCGUGGAGGAAUAUUACUUUAUUUUCGCAUUAUUUUCGUCCUUAUUAUUGUUUCUGCAACGCCCACUUGGUAAGCUAUCCUUAGUUUCUUGCCUGUUGCAGAUAUUUAUUUUGUUGCGAUUAGAAAACUCUCAGUCAUCACCAGGAGUAACGUUUACGUCUGUACUAUUAAGUAUUCUGGGAUUGUCACAUUUCUUUACAACUGGGAAUCAGGCGGUUAUUUCUUCUCUUGAUUGGAACUUUGCCUUUAUUCAUUCCAGUUCUGCAGAAAAUCAAGUUAUCAAUGGUGUACUUAUGUUUUUGCAUACAUUGGGAGGUCCUAUUCUUACUUGUUUUUCCCUUCCUUUAUUUGCAGCAAAGCCUUAUACCACAAAACAAACGUUUUUUAAAAACUUACUUUUACUUUGUUCUUCUUUUCUACUUUAUUAUUUAUCAAUCGCAGCUAGUACGGUGUUCUUUGCUGGUUUCUUUCGGAGACAUCUCAUGGUAUGGAAGAUCUUUGCUCCUAGAUUCAUGUUGAACGGUAUCCUUUUGAUUACUCAACAAUUAAUUAUCUUAAUUUUGUGUUUUUGGAACUCCCUGUUUUCCUUUUCCUGAAUAAUAUUACACCCUACUAGGCUCUCUGUUAAUGAUAUAUUCAAUAUCGCGAAAAAUCGAUUUACAAUUAGAAUAAAGAUUUAUAUGACUGUAUUAAACUAAUUUUGAAAAUAAAAAGGAUAGUAUACAUGAUCCUGAUUUCACAUAAGCGUCCUUUACCA